UCGGGCGCUACGUCAGACCGCACUUGCACCCCGUGUGAAAAACAGAAAGGUUCGCACAAGUCGAGAUUCAGAGAUGUCCACAUAGCCUAGAACUGCGUAGUCCGCAGCCAAUAUUUUUAGACACUUUUGCGGUCGUUGUGCGCGCAAGUAGAGACCUAGGCGUGCCAAUAUGUCGAAGCCUAUGUACGAAGCUGCCUCUGAUGGCAUCGAUGACACGCGAAUCCACGGCUACGAUCCUAUUGUGCCUCCAGGUUUGAUACAGGCAGAGCUUCCGCUAUCUGAUGAAGCCAAGAGCCUUAUCCGCCAAGGACGUUCAGAGGCUACGAAGAUCAUCAAGCGCGAGGACGACCGCAUGUUAGUCAUUGUCGGCCCAUGCUCCUUGCACGAUCCAAAAUCGGCCAUAGAGUAUGCAACUUUACUCAAACCAGUCGCCGACCAACAUGCUUCGGAAUUGUGCAUCAUCAUGCGCGCCUAUCUGGAGAAGCCGAGGACGACCGUAGGGUGGAAAGGUCUCAUCAAUGAUCCUGAUCUUGACGGCUCGUACCAGAUCAACAAAGGCCUUCGUGUUGCGAGGGGUCUUUACAUUGACUUGAUUAAGGUUGGCGUUAACAUCGCAUCAGAGAUGCUCGACACCAUCUCGCCACAGUAUCUUGGCGAUGCUGUUGCCUGGGGAGCCAUUGGAGCCCGCACAACCGAGUCUCAAGUUCAUCGAGAGCUUUCGUCCGGCUUGUCGUUCCCGAUUGGCUUCAAAAAUGCCACGGAUGGCAAUGUUGGCGUUGCCGUCGAUGCUAUGCGCGCGGCCGCUGUUCCGCACUCGUUCCUUUCGGUCACUAAGCAAGGAGUUGCUGCUAUUGUCAGAACGACAGGCAACGAUACGACUCACAUCAUCCUUCGAGGUGGGACGGAGCCCAAUUACGCUGCUUCGCAUGUUGCAGAGGCUCGUCAAGCCUUGCAAAAGGCUAAUGUAAUCGAAAGCAUCAUGAUCGACUGCUCGCAUGGCAAUUCCCUGAAGGAUCACCGCAACCAGCCCAAGGUGUGCCGUGAGGUUGCCAGCCAAGUUGCGGCAGGUGAUGCCAGUAUUGUCGGUGUGAUGAUUGAGUCACACCUCAAAGAAGGCGCGCAGAAGAUGCCUGCUGAUGGGCAUUCGCUAGAAUACGGAGUGUCUAUCACAGAUGCUUGCGUAGAUUGGCAGGCCACCACACAUAUGCUCCAAGAGCUUGCCGAUAGUGUCCAAGCACGGCGACAGAAGUUGCAAUGAGUGUCACGCGGCAUAACCCGAGAUGUGGUUCAGGUAUUCUGAACCUGCAGUUGUAGUCAUAGCUGUUGUAGUGAGACAAAGCCACCUACGCCUAGCUCUCGCCGCACACACGAGUCACGGCAGGCUCAUGCAUACGCGUUGGGCUUGGAAAUGCUCUCGCGUUGGAUAAACUACUGCGUG